CGUGAAAUCUCCUUCUCAGGAAUCCUCUCCUCUGAUCUGUAACUGAAUAAAACAACACCCUUCUUUAGCUUCAAAGCUUUAUAAGGAAAAAGAUGUUUCGGUUCCUAGCCGAAAUUUAUAACAACAUUAAAUUGAGCAAUGAUGUGCUAAGCGCCGUGGUGCCCUUGUUGAAGCUUCUCACCCUCACAGUUGUAGGGCUAGUUCUUGCACACCCAAGAACCCAAAUCAUCCCCAAGGCGACUUUCAGGCUACUUAGCAAACUUGUUUUCACUCUCUUCUUGCCUUGCCUUAUCUUCACCCACUUGGGCAAUUCCAUCACGCUGAAAAAUGUCACACUCUGGUGGUUCAUCCCUGCAAAUGUGUUAGUAAGUACUCUUGUAGGAUGCAUUCUGGGGUUCUUGGUGGUAAUUAUAUGUCGGCCGCCUGCCGAAUUCACUAGGUUCACCAUCAUCAUGACUGCAUUUGGCAAUACUGGAAAUCUUCCUCUUUCUGUUGUUAGUUCUAUCUGUCACAGUGCCGGUAAUCCAUUUGGACCUCAUUGCCGUCAUAAAGGCGUGGCUUAUGUCACUUUCGCGCAUUGGGUUGCUGUAAUUCUGGUUUAUACCCUUGUUUAUCACAUGAUGGAACCACCUCUCAGGUACCAUGACAUUGUUGAGGAAGGAACUCAAAUUCAAAUUGGGGAAAAAAAUCAGGUCAAUAAUUUCGGUAAGCCCCUUCUCAAAGAAGCCGAACGGCCUGGGGUUGAGGAUGAAGCAACCGAACUUUCAAAGACCCCAUUUGUUGCCCGUAUUUUCAAUAGUGUGACAAGUGAAACGCACUCGUGUAGUCUUGACGCUGAUGUCGAACUGGAAGGGGUCGCGACCAGUCCCAAGUCAAUUAGUUACUUGGCCGAGCCUAGAGUAGCAGAACAGACUACUCUAAAGCACAUACUGCUGCCAGGAAUGAUUGCUUCUUUGUUAGCUAUCAUUGUCGGGAUGGCGCCUCAGAUCAAAUCUUUAUUCUUCGGGCAUGACGCCCCACUGUCUUUCAUAACGGACAGUCUAGAGAUCUUGGCCGGUGCCAUGGUUCCAUCCGUCAUGCUUGUUCUUGGAGGUAUGCUGGCUGAGGGGCCGAAUGAUUCUAAACUGGGUCUCCGAACAACAAUCGGUAUAACAGCGGCUAGGCUUUUCGUGCUUCCCCUGCUUGGAAUUGGAAUAGCGGCAUCGGCUGAUAAAUUGGAUAUUCUUGUUCAUGGCGAUCAAAUGUACAAGUUUGUGCUUUUGUUGCAGUACACAACACCAAGCGCCAUCUUAUUGGGAGCAAUUGCCAACUUGAGGGGUUACGCCAUUAGGGAGGCCUCAGCUCUUCUCUUUUGGCAGCAUUUGUGUGCAUUGUUCUCAUGCUCCUUGUACAUGGUGGUAUACUUUAAACUGUUAUCAUAUGCUUGAGGUUUUAUAUAUGGAGAGAUCGACGACUGUUUGAUUGUAGUAUUUUCAGUGUCUCGUUAUUUUUUAUGGUGCAUUUCUUCAUUGGAAUGGGCCGACGUACUUCC